AUGAACGCUCCGCAAACGUUGCGCAGGAUAACCAGGAAGAGGCGAGCAUAUACUCACACAGUGACCGUUCCUGCCCAACACCUGACUGACCGGCGAAAACAGGAAGGAUACCGGGAAUACUGGAUUCGCGAGCUUGACGGUGCCGUGGUCACAUUCGACGACGGCGCGGUCAUCACCAAGGUCUCGCUGCCCGCCGACUUCUCGGCCGUGCGCAUCAACGACCUGCCCGCGGACAGCUCCGCGGCAGCUGUGGCUUCUUUGCUGUGCAAACUGAGCUUCGUCGUCUCGCCGGACAAUGUGCGAGUCAGAAAAUGCGCCGACAGGGACCGGUGCUACGCCGAUGUCACGGUGGAGGACCCCAUGUUUGCGUCGAAGCUGGCCGACCGCCUACGGCGGACGGCCGGGGCGUCGCGGCUUGAGGCUAUCACCGUCUCCGUCCCCAUGCCGCGGGCUGCGGACGCCCAUCCCAUAGACUGCCGGACGGUGCUCUGUUCGUGGCCCGAACCGGCAUGCGGAGCACGCCAUAGCAACGACGCCGAGCAGGACGCCCGUUGUGCCUAUGAGCUGUCGGGUGCCAGCUUCUACAGAGGGCUUGGCUCCAGUACUCCCAGGGCCAAUGUGCCGGCUGUGGAACGGGAUGCGCGAGAUUUCGACCACGGAAGCCAGGAUGUGGAUGUCAGCACCACCGGGAUCGAGGAUUUGCGGCUCUACGAGAUGGCAAACGAGAUCUACGGCUCGGAGCCCCUCGAUAUUGCCCGCUCGACCAAGGAGAUGUUGCGCCGACUUGGGCCGCUCGAGUGGUGGGGAGUGACCUCCACCAACCCCAUAAGGAGCCGCGUCAAGGCGUAUGCACGCUUCGAGCAGGAGGCCGAUGCGAAACAAGCGGCAGUUUUGCUAAACGGGGCGCUAUUACCAUGGACUGGAGAGAUGGAGGUUCGGCUCGUGGCAUCGGUGGAAUACAGAGUCUUGACCAGGAUCUUCGACGUCGUACAUGCUCGGAUCGCUUCACAGACGCCAGCCUGGGAGGAGAAUCAGGUCUGGUGCUUCGCGCGCCCUCUGGACCGACGGUAUCAUGUCCUCAUGCUCGUGGGCGAAGACAACCAGCGAGUGGCUCGAGCCAAGAAAACGCUCGAGAGCAUCAUGCGUGGAGAGGUGAUUAUGAAGGACGGAAAGGCUCUCUGGAGUCCGAAGUUCGGGGGGCGCCCGUACGAGCUUCGAUGGCUUCGACACAUCGAGCGGGACCUAGGCGUCGUCAUUCGGCGUGACGCGCAAAGGCCUCAAUUCCGGCUGUUCGGACCAGAGGGAUGCCAUGACCAAGUAGCCGAGGCGAUGCACACGCUCAUGGCAUCUAGGUCCGCGCAAGUCGCGGUCUGUGGACCCGCAGCGCACACCGGCCACCGCGCCCGCGCGCGGCAGGACGAGCCGGACAGCCAGUUGGACGGUUUGACGGCAUGUUCAGUCUGCUGGGGCGAGGCGGAAGACCCCAUCCGCACCUCCUGCCAGCACGAUUACUGUCUCGCCUGCUUCGCCGCCCUCUGCCAGGCCGAGCCGCCGGCGUCCACGGGCUUCCGCAUAUGCUGCGUCGGCGAGCGAGGCCAGUGCAGCCUGCCUAUCCCACUCUCCGAUAUCCAAGCCUUCCUCCCUCCGGCCACCUUCCAAGCCAUCCUCGCGUCCUCCUUCGCAGCCCACCUCCGCCGCCACCCAGCCGACUUCCGCUUCUGCCCCAGCCCGGGCUGCACACAAGUCUACCGGCCGACCACCGCCCCUCCACGCCCAGCCGCAGCGAUUACCUUCACCUGCCCGCGCUGCCGCACCGCCACCUGCACGGCGUGCCACUACCACUACCGCAGCCGGCAUCACGCCGGCUCUGGCUCCUCGCCCCUGAAGCGCCUUGGCAUCAAGGACUGUCCGCGCUGCGACACGGCGCUCGAGAAGGUCGCCGGCUGCGACGUGGUGAGGUGCGGCGGGUGCAGGGCGGUCCUGUGCUGGAGCUGCCUGGCUGUGUUUGAGAGGGAGGGGCUGGCCUACCAGCAUUUGAGGUCGGUACAAGGGGGGCUUAUAUUUGGAGGUCACGCAUGA